ACAAAGGCGGCGCGCCGCCUGUGUCAUCCGCCAUCUUGUGCGAAGCAAGGUGGCCUCCACGUUCCCUGAGCGUCUUCUCCGCUUCUGCCUCGACCGCCCCUUGAUCACAGACAUGUCUCGGGACCGGUUCCGGAGCCGUGGCGGUGGCGGUGGCGGCUUCCACCGGCGCGGAGGAGGCGGCGGCCGCGGCGGCCUCCACGACUUCCGCUCCCCGCCACCCGGCAUGGGCCUCAAUCAGAACCGCGGACCCAUGGGGCCCGGCCCGGGCCAGGGUGGCCCCAAGCCCCCGAUCCCGCCACCGCCUCCGCAUCAGCAACAGCAGCAGCCACCGCCGCAGCAGCCGCCACCACAGCAGCCGCCGCCGCUUCAGCCGCCACCGCAUCAGCCGCCGCAUCAGCCGCCGCCGGACUCGUCCAAGCCCGUCGUUCCUCAGGGACCCGGCCCGGCUCCCGGAGUGGGCAGCGCUCCGCCGGCCUCCGGCUCGGCACCGCCUGCCACUCCUCCGACCUCCGGGGCCCCUACGGGGCCGGGCCCCACCCCGACUCCACCGCCCGCUGUCACCUCGGCGCCCCCCGGGGCGCCCCCGCCCGCGCCGCCGAGCAGCGGGGUCCCCACCACCCCGCCUCAGACCGGGGGCCCGCCGCCUCCACCCACAGGGGGCCCGGGCCCCGGGCCUAAGCAGGGCCCGGGGCCCGGAGGCCCGAAAGGCGGCAAAAUGCCAGGCGGGCCGAAGCCCGGCGGUGGUCCGGGCCUAAGCACUCCUGGCGGCCACCCCAAGCCGCCGCACCGAGGCGGCGGGGAGCCCCGCGGAGGUCGGCAGCACCACCCGCCCUACCACCAGCAGCAUCACCAGGGGCCCCCGCCUGGCGGGCCAGGCGGCCGCAGCGAAGAGAAGAUCUCCGACUCAGAGGGAUUUAAAGCCAACUUGUCUCUCUUGAGGAGGCCCGGAGAGAAAACUUACACUCAGCGUUGUCGGUUGUUUGUUGGGAAUCUACCUGCUGAUAUCACAGAGGAUGAAUUUAAAAGACUUUUCGCUAAAUACGGAGAACCAGGAGAAGUUUUUAUCAAUAAAGGCAAAGGAUUUGGGUUUAUUAAACUUGAAUCUAGGGCAUUGGCUGAAAUUGCCAAAGCUGAGCUUGAUGAUACACCCAUGAGAGGUAGACAGCUUCGGGUUCGUUUUGCCACACAUGCUGCUGCUCUCUCUGUUCGAAAUCUUUCACCUUACGUUUCCAAUGAACUGUUGGAAGAAGCCUUUAGCCAAUUUGGUCCUAUUGAAAGGGCUGUUGUAAUUGUGGAUGAUCGUGGGAGAUCUACAGGGAAAGGCAUUGUUGAAUUUGCUUCUAAACCAGCAGCAAGAAAAGCCUUUGAAAGAUGCAGUGAAGGUGUUUUCUUACUGACAACAACUCCUCGUCCAGUCAUUGUGGAACCACUUGAACAAUUAGAUGAUGAAGAUGGCCUUCCUGAAAAACUUGCACAGAAGAAUCCAAUGUAUCAAAAGGAGAGAGAAACGCCUCCUCGUUUUGCCCAACAUGGCACAUUUGAGUAUGAAUAUUCUCAGCGAUGGAAAUCCCUGGAUGAAAUGGAAAAACAGCAAAGGGAACAAGUUGAAAAAAACAUGAAAGAUGCAAAAGACAAAUUGGAAAGUGAAAUGGAAGAUGCCUAUCAUGAGCAUCAGGCAAAUCUUUUGCGUCAAGAUCUGAUGAGACGCCAGGAAGAAUUAAGACGCAUGGAAGAACUUCACAAUCAAGAAAUGCAGAAACGUAAAGAAAUGCAACUAAGGCAAGAAGAAGAACGACGUAGAAGGGAAGAAGAGAUGAUGAUUCGUCAGCGUGAAAUGGAAGAACAAAUGAGACGCCAAAGAGAGGAAAGUUAUAGCCGAAUGGGCUACAUGGAUCCAAGAGAAAGAGACAUGAGAAUGGGUGGUGGAGGAGCAAUGAACAUGGGAGAUCCCUAUGGUUCAGGAGGCCAGAAAUUUCCACCUCUAGGUGGUGGAGGUGGCAUAGGUUAUGAAGCUAAUCCUGGAGUCCCACCAGCAACCAUGAGUGGUUCCAUGAUGGGAAGCGACAUGGUAAGAAUGAUUGAGGUUGGCUGAUACUGGAGUACUCACUCACUUCAAGUGGAUAAGCUAUUAGUCUCAAGACGACAUCACACAACGUGAACCAAGAAGGAAAGCCACAGCCUAUUAGACUGAGGAACUAUCUAGCUCCCUCCAUUCUAGUAGUCUGUUCCACAGAUUCCAGCUGCUUCAGCCUCAUCAAACACCCAUCUCUUCUCAAUGCAGCAAGACCAUCACGCUCUGCUUGGGGCCUCCUUCCUAUGCAGUGAAUUGAAUAAUGCCUCCAGGCAGAUGGCUGUGACAAGCACUUACCUCAUUCAUUACUCUUCUCGUGGAUCAUGGUACAGCAUAGUCUGUUUUCCAGUUUGUUUUGCACUGACUUAUAUCCCUCCCAAAUUCAUAUAUUGAAGUCUUAUCUUCCAGUACAUACCAGAAUGUGGCUGUAUUUGGAGACAGGGCCUUUAAACAGGUAAUUAGGUCAUAAGUUUGGGCUCUAAACCAGUAAGACUGGUGGCCUUAUAAGAAGGGGAAGAGAUACAAAGGUCAUAUGCAAAGGCCAUGUGAGAACACAGUAAAACAAUGCUAUUGGCAAGCCAAAAAAGUAGACCUCAGAAGAAAUCAAACCUCCUGACACCUUGGUCUUGGACUUUUGGCCUCCAGAAUUAUGAGAAAAUUAGUUUGUGGUAUUUUAGCCAUCCAAUCUGGUAUCUUAUGAAGGCGGCCCUAGCAAACUAAUGCAUAAUGUACAAUCAGUAGUCAUUUAAUAUACUUUGUGUAGUUCUGGUGUUUAUAGCAGAAGGACAGAUCUGGUACUAGUUCUUUGAGCUGGAAGCUGAAUCCAACAGAUUUGUUUUACCAGAGGACAGAACAAGUUGGACAAAAUAUUCACACAAGUCUGUUUUACACUGGAAAACAUGAUGAAUAUUUUUAAAAAACAGCUUUAUUAAAAUAUAACUGAUACAUAACAAGCUCAUAUAUUUAAAGUGUAAAUUUGAUAAGAUUUGACAUAUGUAUACACCAUGAAAUCAUCACCACAAUCGAGUUAACGAAGGUGUCCAUCCCACCCCCAGAAUCUUUCUUGAGCCCCUUAGCCAUCUGAUUACUGCCCUUUCCCCUAUCAAUCUGCAGGCAACCCCUGGUCCGCUUUUCUCCUUAGUUCACUUUCCCUACUCCUUUACUUCCCAGGAGCAUCUCCCAAAUGAACUACAUACAUCCAAGCCCUUGUCUCAGGCGCUGCUUCUAUGGAAACAAAACAAAACAAAAGAAAAAAACUAAGAAACUCACCCAUUCUGUCUCUAAGGAAUGUGAUUUGGAUAUGUAACAGAUCUUCUUGUAUUACUUGUCAGUAUACCUGAAUGUCUUAGAGUUCCUAGUAUGUGAGACUCACUAAUUCAGCGAACAUGUAACAGCUUGAUUGAAAUAUAAUUAAGGCAUAAUGAAAUGUACAUAUAUGAAGUGUAUAACUUGGUGAGUUUUGGUAGUGUGUGAUCAUGCGUGAAACCAUAGCUGCAUCGAAAUAAUAAACAUAUAAAUAUAUUACCUCCCAGAGUUCCUAUUGCUUCUUUGUAACGCAGCCUUUUCUCCUCACUCAGGAAACCACUGGGAUGCCUUCUGUCACUCUAUAUUAGUUUGCCUUUUCUAAAAUUUUAUAUAAAUGAAGUAAUACAGAAUUUACCAUUUUUUGGCCCAGCUUCUUUCAUUCAACAAAAUUAAUGAGAUUCAUUCAUGUAGUUUUGAGUAUCAAUAGUUGGUUCCUUUUUACUGUUGAGUGAUAUUCCAUUGUAUGGAUAUAAUUUAUUUAUUCAUUUACUUGAUGGGUGUGAUAGUUAAUUUAUGUCUCAGUUUGGGCUAAGAGAUGCCUAGAGAGCUGGUAAAAAAACAUUACUUUUUGGUGUGUCUGUGAAGAUGUUUCCAGAAUAGAUUAGCAUUUGAAUUGGUGGACUGAGUGAAAAGAUCACCCUCAUCAGUGCAGUUGGGGAUCAAUCCAAUCUGUUGAGGACAUGAACAGAAGCCUCUGUUCAGAGAAGGCAGAGGAAGGGUGAAUUUGCCCUCUGCUCCAGUAGACAUACACUCUUGCCCUUGGCGCUCCUCUUGGUUCUUCAAACUCAGAUUGGGACAUUCAUCAUCAGCUCCCCUAGGUUUCAGGCCUUUAGGACAUGGACUGAAUCAGAUCACCGGGUUUCCUGAUUCCCCAGUUAGCAGAUGGCAGACGGUAGGACUUCUCAGCUGCCAUUAUUAUGUGAGUCAAUUCCUAUAAUAAAUCUCAUUUAUAUUAAUAUAAAUAUUAUUAAAUUAAUACAUUGAAUAUUAAUACAUAAAAUAUUAAUAAUAAAUUAUAUUAUGUCUGUA